AUGAGGGACCUAGUGUUACAGAAUGCCCCAUCUACAGCUUUUGGGUCCCUCAUGGCCAUCUUAGCUCCUUACAUGGAUUUCUGUAUUAAAGAGACCAGCAGCACUGCCUGCCCCUGGAUUUCCAAGAAGCCACAGAGACCAGAAGACCAAGGACAAGCCAGGAGCAAUGGCAGGGACAGGGCUAGGACAGCGUCCAUCUCCAAGUCUGCUGCCUGUGUGAUGGGACCUCCUGACCCUGGCUCCCAGGCCAACUACACCUCAGUGCUGGAUUUCGAGCUCUUAGGAGUCACAGAUGUGCGAGGUCUUCAGCUCCUUCUCUUCGGGGUGCUCCUGGUCACCUACUUGCUGACCCUCUUGGGCAACCUGCUCAUUAUCACCCUGACGUUGGCCGACCACCGCCUACAUAUCCCCAUGUACUAUUUCCUGCGCCACUUCUCCCUGUUGGAGGUGGGGUUCACGUCCACUGUCACCCCACAGAUGUUGGUCCACCUCUUCUCUGGGAGCAGGACUAUCUCCCGUGACAGAUGCUUUGCGCAAACUGGGCUCUACUUCAUCCUGGGCACAGUGGAGUCCUUGCUGCUGGCAGUGAUGUCUGGGGACCGCUACCUGGCCAUCUGCCACCCACUGCACUACUCAGCUCUCAUGACCCCCUCAGCAUGUGUCUUGCUGGUGCUAGCCUGCUGGGGCACCAGCGUCUUGGUCCUUGGGGUGCUGUGCGCCUGGAUGUUCUCCUUGCACUUCUGUGGUCCCCAUGUCCUCAACCACUUCUUCUGUGACAGCACCCCCUUGCUGGAGUUGAUAUGUUCCGAUACCAGGCUCCUGCAGCUGGUCAACUUCCUGGUAGCCAUUUGCACCCUGCUCAGUGCUGUGCUAUUGACGGUUUUGUCCUAUGGCUGUAUCCUUCGCACUGUCCUGUGCAUGCCUGCAUCUGGGGGUCGCAGAAAGGUCUUCUCCACCUGCUCCUCCCACAUGCUGGUUGUAUCACUCAGUUAUGGGAGCUGCAUAAUUAUGUACCUCAACCCCAGGCAGACUGGGCAACUUACCCUCAACAAAGGAGUAGCUUUCUUCAACACCACGUUAUCACCUCUGCUGAAUCCCUUCAUCUACUGCUUCAGGAAUGAGCUGGUCCAGAAAGCCAGCAGGGACAUGCUGCUGAGGUGCAGAGCAUUUUCCUCUAAGAUAUUCACUUGGGCUGCUGAAUUAGGAGUGGAGAAGUUACCUGGAAAACCAUCUUUGCUGGAAGAGUUCACCUCAGUUCAAGAUGGAACUGCUAGCCAGUUGUAG